UAAUGCAUGAGUAAAUUAUAAAUGUAUUAGUUUGGCGACACCGGUUCUGGCAGAAAUAUUGUUUCAAGCUACUUCCACUGUAUUCUAAUAUUCUAUAUAUUCCGUGUUCCAAACCGGAAUAUCAAACCACGUGUAUUAAACUACAUUCUUAAAAAACGUGUGAUAUGAUCGACAAAUGCAUUACACUAAGAACAUUUUAUUCAUACGAAACUGUAAUUAUUGGCAUUAUUUGCAUUUUAUAAAAUAUAAUUAUAUUAUGUUUUAAUUAGUUUUUAUCCAAUUUACCCAAAAAAAACUUCAAAACGGAACGGAACGUAUUUGACAGCGUGUUUCUGUUUCGGGUUUCCUGUCAAAUGCCAAUAGAAUGUUUUUGCUUGGCAGACGCUCUGUGAUUGGCUUGCAGAUUUCAAAAUAUCAACGUGUACGUGUUAUUGUUAUUGUUUUGCGUUGCGGUUGUUAAACGGAUAUUGUUUACGGACCUUCUACCACACGAUUUGCCCUUGCUAAUAAUUCUGGACUGUUUUGCGUUUUGGAUUUGUUUUGUGGAUUACGAUGAGGUGCAUCAACUGCGGAAUAGCCAUACAAAGGCUGAAGAGGCAUCUCAUAUCCUCGCUCUCUGCACACCAUCAAACAAGACUUUUGCGUUGGUUAACUAAUGCUCAAACCCAGUUGCCUCUGGAUACAUUCAUUUGCCAACCAUGCUUCUUACUAUUGAAUACUGAGGCUGGUGAACAUGAGAGACUACUGGGGCAUAACAUGGUUUGCCUUGGUUGUGGAAAAUCGCUUAGAAAAAUAAGACACCAUAAUGUCAGUAUGGACUCUCCAUUGCUGGCUGUCCUAAUAUCACAAAAUAGUAUUAAUGUGCCCUCAAGAAACAACUAUAUUUGUCAUGUGUGCUGGAUGCGGACAAAUAGACAGGCAGGGCAGGACUUAUCACCAAAAUUGCAGGAAUUCGGUCUGGACAACAUACAGGAAUCAGCUUCAGACAAUGUGCAGGGAUUGGCUUCCGAUAACAAUGCAGCAAUCCCUAAUGUUCAAGUGGUUAGUCCACCGGAGCCACCACCAUUACCGCCUGUUUUUAAUAGGCUUCUUCAAAAGGAAAGUACUUCCAUAUUAUUACUCAAUUAUAAGCGAGCUUUAAUCUCAUCUGUUCACUGUAUAAUUCAACAAUGCAGAAACAGAAUGUUAUAUUUAGUCCCUCUGUUCCUCAAAAGAAUAUUAUUGCAAGAGCAUAGCUUCUAUGUUCCUUGCAGCUGUAGGGUGUGUGAAACACAUUUGUAUAGCGAUCACUGGCAUUUAUUACCACAAAUGAAUGGGAUAAGGUAGAAGACAUAAUUAAUAUAAUGAAGUCAAAAGCUAAUUUUUUGGAUUUCGAAAAUGUCUCUGAAAUGCCAAAUCAUUUUUGCCAUUA